AUGGUGGCUAGGUCUUUCCGAAACGCAUUCGCAGUGGUAGGACUAGUGGUAGUGCUGGUGGCUCUCAAUCUCUCAGUGAGAGCCACGUCAGCAUUCAACUUCUCAAGCUCCGAGCAGGGGGAGGUGGUGUGGUCCUUCGACUGCGACUGGAAGGGCAACGACAUUGGCCAAGCCGCCGGCAUGGGCGACACGUGCGGAAAGCAGUGCCUGGGCAGCGCGGAUUGCACGCACUUCACGUGGACGGCCGAAAAUGGCGGCACGUGCUUUCUCAAAGGGGCAAUCAACGCGACAGAGUUGGUCGCCGCCAAUGGCACGUCGUGCGGUUACCGCGUUACCGACAGCGCGACCGGCAACCCGUACACGGAGGUCCAUCAGUACCUCAACCCCGAGUACAAGGCGAGCGUGGAAGCCGCGAUGCGCGCCGCGACUCCCGAGGAUGCGCCAUUUUUUGCGAGCGUGGCGGAGCAUCCGACGGCCGUGUGGCUCGAUACAAUGGCGAAGCUCGAUUCCAUCCAGGGCCACCUGGACGCCGCAGCGGCUCAGGCGGGGGGAAAUCCGAUUCUCGUGCAAUUCGUGAUCUACGACCUCCCGGGCCGCGACUGUAAGGCGUGGUCGUCCAACGGGGAGAUUCCCAAGGGCGGCCUCGACACGUACAAAGCCGACUACAUUGAUGCUGCCGUGGCGCGCCUUAAAAACAAGGCGGCGAACGUGCGGCUGUCGCUCGUGAUCGAGCCCGACUCGCUGCCCAACAUCGCGACGAACAUGGGGUCGAAUCAAUGCGACGCGACGACGGAGCAGGAGUACACGGAGGGCGUCGCGUACGCGAUCGCGGAGCUCUCGCAGAUCCCCGACACCACGCUCUACCUCGACUCGGGCUUCGGCGGCUGGCUCGGGUGGCCGGAGGGGAUGAAGCGCGUGGUGGCGGUGUACAAGAAGGUCCUCGCGCGCGCGCGGCAGAUUCGCGCGAACGCCAAGAUCCGCGGCUUCGCGUCCAACGUGGCCAACUACAGCCCGCUCUUCGUGACCGGCUGCCCGGCGUUGGAAAAAUGCCCGCUCGCGAAGAAUCCGAGCACGGGCGAAAUGAACUACGACUGGAACCCAUGCAUCGACGAGAACCGCUUCACGGCGCGCAUGAAUGCGUACCUGGGAGCCGCGGGACUGCCCACCAGGUGGAUCGUGGACACGAGUAGGUCCGGCCGCGCUGGCAUUCGCAACCGCUGGGGGUCGUGGUGCAACGUGAAGGGCGCGGGGAUUGGACAGCGCCCCGAGGCGAAUCCCGCUAAUGCGCCGCAAGCAAAGAUUCUGGGCAUUUUCCCCAUGGAUCGCGAGUGCGACCCCAAUGACGCGCUGGGCCUGGACGCCCAAUCGAACGCGCCCCGCGCAGGGCAGUGGUUCCAGACGCAAUUCACCGCGCUGGUUCGCUACGCCAACCCGCCCAUGCCUGCUGGAAAGGUGGACCCGCCCCCGCCUGCCGACCCAUGCAAGACCGACCCAAAAACAAACCCCGCGUGCGAUCCGUUCUGGGAGGACUUGGCUGUCAAGUACUCGCCGCAGUACAAGUUUCACCCCGACGAGAAAAUCUGGCCAAUCACGAUCGACGAGUACCUCACGCAUGUGACUUCCUCCAGAGGUUUUACUACUGUGGAUGGCAGAGAUUAUCAGCUUGAUUACCAAACGGGUCCGAUCACUCCCGACAACCUCGAUACACUGCUGAGGAAUCCAAAACUGAUAAGCGAGCGUGGCAAAACUGUCCUGUACAGUCCGGAUCAGUUUGACAAGGAUACCGACUGGAUGAGGGACUCGAGGCGCAACCCGAAAAACGGAGGCACGAAGGUGUACACGAUCAUUUACGACCCGAAACCGGACGACAAAGACUCGUUUGUGGAGAUUCAGUACUGGCUCUUCUACCCAUACAACUUUGUCCACUUCCUUGCUGGGGAUGAGAACCACAUUACGGACCUGGUGGCGAUUGCAAUCCGCUUCUCAAAGACCGGCCAGCCGCAGCGCAUUUGGUACGCGCAGCACGGCGACGGCCCUGUGUGGGCGUGGGACCAAGGGGCUGACUGGGCCGACAAAAAGUCAAAGAAGUUUGCUACGGUGAUGGGAACACAUCCCAUAGUGUAUGUCUCGGAAGGAAAUCAUGAGCAUUACCCUGGAGCUGGUGAUUUCAAUUGCUAUGUGAUCAAAUGUUUCGAUUUCACGGCCAACGGAGGAGUCGUAUGGACGCCCAAGGACAACCCGCAGUCUUUUGAGUUUGUUCACGUGAAAGGCGAGAUGUCCGGCUCCACAUCGAAUGCAGACAUGGCGAAGCUGUUCACGGGGAGAAACAAGUGGAUGGCUUUCAAUGGGAAAAUUGGUGGAUAUUAUAAUUCGGGACUUCAAACUGGAGUGAGCGCGAUAGCUUUCCAGAAGAACCAGGGGCAGUUCACUGCUAAGCUAUCCUAA